UCCUUUAGCUUCGAGUGUGUUGUUUGUGUGACUGACUCAUUUCUUCUUUAACUUAUCUCUCCGAAGGAAAGCCUUGCUGGAUCCAGAAUGUCUUCUCCUAGCGCUGGCAAGAAGAGAAUGGACACGGACGUUAUAAAACUGAUUGAAAGCAAGCAUGAAGUGACAAUAAUGGGAGGGCUAAAUGAAUUUUGUGUCAAGUUCUAUGGACCAAAAGAAACUCCGUACGAGGGCGGCGUCUGGAGGGUUCGUGUGCUGCUGCCCGAGCACUACCCGUUCAAAUCGCCCAGCAUCGGCUUCAUGAACAAGGUGUACCAUCCCAACAUCGACGAGAUGUCCGGCACCGUGUGUCUGGACGUCAUCAACCAGGCCUGGACGGCACUCUACGAUCUCUCCAACAUCUUCGAGUCUUUCCUGCCGCAGCUGCUGACCUACCCGAACCCGAUCGACCCACUCAACGGGGACGCGGCAGCCAUGUACAUGCACAAACCUGAGGAGUACAAACGCAAGGUGGCAGAGCACGUGCGGCGCUACGCCACGGAGGAGGCGAUCGCUCCGCCGCCGCAGGUUUCCGACGACCUCUCCUCGGACUCCGAGUCGGAGCUCUCAGAGUUUUCAGAGGAUGAGGCGCGGGACAUGGAGCUAUAACUGCCGCCUAUGUCCGCUGUCCGCCGCUGCUGCUACCGCCGUCACUGUCAGCCGGCCCUGACAAAGGAGAGGGCAUAGAGUCAUCCUGGCAGGGGAGAAGGGAGGAAAUUUAUCUGGUAACGGAGGAUUGAUAUCGAAGUCGGGUUCGGGAUGUCUUAUAGAAGCAGAAAUUCGCCAAUACCUCUUAGAAUAAGAAAUUCGCAACAGGCGGACACCAGCUGGCUCGGUCGAAAUGAAAACGAUAUGAUGGUUAUCGUUGUGCCGCUCUUAGCUUUGUUACGAUUGUUUGUUAACCAUGACAUGAGCAAUGCAACUGCAUUUCGGGAUAUUGUUUGGUGGAAACCGAUACUUACUUCGGUUGCAUGUGUUCAGCGCUCAGACUGAAACGUUUUCAUAACCUGACCGAAAUCCAGCAGUGCUACCGCCUGUGGCGCUUCCGUGCUUUAGAACUGAACCAAUGUACUUCGAACUCUGGACUUGUUACAUCUUUCGCCUAGUAUAUUUUCGCGACCGGGCCAGUUUCUAAUUUGGCAUUGACGAAUUAGAAACCAGACCCCUGCGGUACGCUGCGUACCUAAUCGUGUCAAACAAGGGACAGCAAACCCUCGUGAUCGCGUCAUCGAACUGAACGUGUAAGAUUUGACUCUCCCAAACCCGACGCUCCGUCACCACAACGUUCCCUGACGGUGUCCGACUCUAUGGACCGAACUGUCAUCGACUGGCCUCCCGGCGCCGCAGCGGCAGUCGGCUGGCCGGCGGACCGGUGCCGUGUCAGUGUGCGUGCGUUCGUGUGUCAUUUUACUGCUGUUACUGGUCGUCGUGGGUGUGUUGUUGGUUUAGCCGUAAGCAGUGUGGUUUGGGAGGUAGGUAGCUGGUAGUUGCGUGGGUUUCUGUGCGGGCUUGUCCUGAUCGCGGGCCGCGGCAGUGUGCGCCGCGCCUUCUCUGUGCUCGUUCAAGUGUUGGAUCCCUUUUAUUCUUGACUGGGAACUUGCUAGUGCGAUGCUGCCAGCGGUGACAGGCUACUCCCGACUGUUUCUACGAAUCUCGUAUUCUCAGCUAUUUGUCCAUUAGUUCUGACCCCGGAUCUCGGCUUAGCCCUGAAAACCAUUAAUUGUCGUCCGGCCACCAUCUGGCAAUAUUCCCCGCUCUGGAUCGGGAUAUGAACUACUGCCCAUUUGUGCCCUAUACCCACUCUUUCAGCCAUCGUUCUGCCGUUAGUUUAGCGGUUCAGCCUUCGUAUCUUUCCAGGGUUGUUGGCGAAGUCACCGUUCGUCUGUUCCGUCUCCGUCCCGUAUUUUUCCGCUAUUUUUGGUUCGUCUUGUCCCGCCCCCUCUGCCGUCCGCUCCCGUCCUGUCCCGUGUUCCUCCCUUCCCUGUCCCUUGUGCUCUCUUGUCGCCUUAGCCGUCAGUUCACGUCCUGUGUUUCUUCCUGUCCCGUCUUCUGUCGGUUCCUGUCCCGUGUUCCUCCUGCCGUGUUUCGUCCUGUUCCUGUCCCCCUGUCCGCCGGCGGUACUCGCAGCACUGUAGCCUGUAGUCAGAGUGGUCGGUAGUUGAGUAGUGGCGCGUUGCUCUCCGCUGGGGACCGGUCCACCGCCCGGCCGUGACUGUCAGCUCUAGUGAUAAGGUGUGAGCGCGGGCGGCCGGAUCGCCCGCCGUGACCGGUAGUGUGCCGUCAGAGUGAGCCCCCAACCCACCCCAACAGAGGUGAACGUCGAACGAUGCAAGAUAAUUAUCAGCAGAGGUGAAUUAUAUCGUCCAAGCGAUUGUGUUCUGAUUGGUAUGUGCGUGCUUCUGUGCUUUCGGAGUUUUGCGGGUUCUAAAUUUUAUGAGAAAACCAUGAAUGACUGCCCUCGCUUUGAGUUUGUUGGGCACGAGCAAUAUCGUUUAUAACUGAUCACUUACUCUGACGCAUUCGAAAUAGCCACAUCAAGGAGUCUUCUAAUGAUAAUUCACGGUGUGUAUACUUCUAUAUUAUGUCAGCAGUUUGCGUCUGCCGGAAAACUGCCCCCAUCUGUAGUGUGAAUAUGGCAUGUGAAAGUCGGUGGUAAGGUCGCAUGCCGUCUAGUUAAGUUGGUUAGCGCUGUCAAGGUGGCGUGGCCUUGUUUGAGCCGCACUACCUUGUCGACCGCAGCCGGCCGGAACCCCACAGGGCGCUGCCGACCCCCGGCGCUGCAGUUUAAGCCUGGAAUUCCUCGCAUGGCUCCAUGUUUUCCGGUAUGCAACGUGUUUGCUUUUUGCCGUAACAGCAUGUCAAGUCAAAUUAUUCAUUGUCAAUCUUGUGGACAAGAUUAACCGUUUUCAUUGUUUGAGCUUUUCGGACGUUGUUGGUUCAACUACUGAGAAAUUGUGUACGUUGGUAAAUGCCGCGAUUACCAGGUGCGUAUCUGCAGUGUCGUGUCGGUGGGCUGCCGACGCGGGUUCGAACCUCGUCCGGUGCCGAACUUUUGGCGCCUCUCAUUGUCCCAUGUACUGGCUACUGGACCCUUUGUGAAGUGUUUACGUGUAGUAUUGGCCGCUCGCCAAGAGCCGCAAGUGUUGUGUACCUAACGCCUCAAUAUAUUUACAAUAAAAAGGUCAACACUCAGUAAAACU